UCUCCGUCGUCGUCGUCGUCGUCGUCGUCGUCUCUCCGUCGUCGUCUUCGCCUCUCCGUUGAUCCGUCGUCGUCGUCUCUCCGUUUAUUUUAUCGUCGUCGUCGUUUCUCAAUUGAUCUGUCGUUUCUACGUCUAUUCAUCUCAUUCUCUCUCUCGUGUGUCUGAUUUGAUUAAGGUUUGAAUCAUUUCAUUUUGUUAUACAUUAUCUAGGUUUUGUUAUAUAUUAUUCAUUUGUUGAUGAUUUGAAGUUGAUUUUGUAGAACAAUGGAAGUUUUGUGCAUCUGUGGACAAUGGAUCUCAAAAGAAUCUCUCCAGUGGGAGUUUCUUGUUGAUUUGAAGAGGAAUGCAUCAAUCAUUUCCAUAGAAGAAGAUCUACUGUAUGAAGAUUUGAUGAAGAUUGUCUCUGAAGAUUUUAGUGUUAAAGAGGAAGAAAUCAGUUUGAGUUAUGGUUUUUCAUUGGAUAUGAAAUGUAUUAUUGAAAGUUUCCCCCCACUCUCGAUAGGUAAUACUCGUCAGCUCAGAACUUUCAUUUCCAAGACUAGAGCAUUUGAUGGAACCUGUCGUUUGUGUGUUAAGGUUAGUACUGAUCCAGUUAGCUGUAACACUCAAGCUUCUGAUACAUUUGCUUCUACUGUUCCAUUGAAUGCCAAUCCAGCGAUUCUUUCUACUGUGCAGAGUGAAAAACAGGUACAUUGUCCUUAAUUCCCUUUUUCUGUUUGUGUUUGCAUGAUAUGCUUCAUAAUCAAGUACUAUGCCUUACAAAACUACUUGACUUUUGCAGAGUCUUCUAUAUGAAGGUGUUUCUACAGUUCCUCUGAAUGCUCUUCCGGAUUUUAGUACUGAUUCAGCUAGCUGUAACAUUCAAGCUUCUGAUACAUUUGCUUCUACUGUUCCAUUGAAUGCCAAUCCAGUGAUUCUUCCUACUGUGCAGAGUGAAAAACAGGUACAUUGUCCCUAAUUCCCUUUUUCUGUUUGUGUUUGCAUGAUAUGCUUCAUAAUCAAGUAUUAUGCCUUACAGAACUACUUGACUUUUGCAGAGUUUUCUAUAUGAAGGUGUUUCUACAGUUCCUCUGAAUGCUCUUCCGGAUUUUAGCCCUGUCCAUAUUGGACUUUCACCAAACACGAGAGUAGCUGGCGAUAUUAAGGUGAAUAGCUAUUUUAAGACAAAGAGAGAGUUGAUGUUGAGGAUGAAGAAAUGGGCUUUAGAGUGGAAGUUUGAGUACAAGACUGUCUCUUCUAACAAGUCAAGAGUGCUUUUGAGUUGUGUUGAUGAAAAUUGCACGUGGAGGAUGCGUGCUAUCAAGCUACCUGUUUCAGAUUUUUUCGUUGUUAAAAAGUAUGUUCAUGAGCAUACAUGCGAUACAACACACAGGAAAGCCAACCACAGACAAGCAUCUGCAAAGUUGUUGGGUUCUUUGAUUUCCAGCAAUUAUGGAGAAAAAAAGGAAGGUCUCAAACCGAAACAGAUCAUUGAACAGGUCAGGAUGCUGCAUGGUGUUCACAUCAAUUACAAACAAGCUUGGAGAGUGAGAGAAGAAGCUCAGAUUUUGGUUAGAGGGACUCCUGAAGACAGCUAUUACAAUUUGUCUAGGUGGUUGUAUAAAAUCACAGAAACAAACCCUGGUUCCUUGACUUAUCAACAUGUUGAUGCUGCAGGAAAGUUCAAGUAUGCAUUUGUGGCUUUUGGUCCAUCGAUAAGGGGAUUUUCAUUGAUGAGGAGAGUUAUUGCAGUAGAUGGUACAUUUCUGAAGGGAAAAUUCAAUGGGACUUUAUUGGCAGCUUGUGCUCAAGAUGGGAAUUAUCAUCUAUAUCCUCUCGCUUUUGCAGUGGUUGACGCAGAAAACGGCGCCUCUUGGAAAUGGUUCUUUAGAGGUUUGAGCCAGAAGAUCCCGGACGCUUCGGAUCUUGUUUUUGUAUCAGACAGGGCUAACUCCAUUUCUUCAGCGUUGGAGGAUGUAUAUCCCUUAUCUCACCAUGGAAUUUGCAGGAUCCAUCUGCUCCGCAACAUCACUCCUACAUAUGCGAAGACUGGGUUGCUACCUCUGGUGGAAAGCGCUGCUGAUGCCUAUACGUGUCACGAGUUCUGGUUAAUCUUCAAGGACAUAAAGGAUAAAUGUCCUGAAUUGGCUAAGUAUCUGGAAGAGUCUGAUUUUAGGAAGUGGGCACGAAGCUAUGCGCCUGCGAACAGGUAUAAUAUCAUGACUACCAACAUUGCAGAGUCUCUCAAUUCUAUGUUGAAGAUGCCUCGUGAGUUGCCCAUUAUCUCUCUCCUUGAAACUAUCAGAUUGACGAUGACCACUUGGUUUUUUGAGCGACGCGAAGCGGCUGCGAAACAUAAGCACCUGGUUACUCCAAAAGUUGUUCAGAAAUUGGUAUCUAGGUUAGGGGCCGCAAUGUUGUUGAAUGUGUAUCAAGUUGAUCGAAGCGAGUUUGAGGUGAAGAAUGAAACAAUGAAGUUUGUUGUUGACUUGGAGAAGCGGCAUUGCACAUGUAAUGUUUUCGACAUUGACAAGAUCCCCUGCAUCCAUGCCAUCGCUGCUGCUAAGCAUAUCAAGAGAGAUGAAAACCGUUUUGUUGAUGCUUCUCACUUGACAGAAACGUGGGCUAAAGCUUAUGCUGAAAGCAUACAUCCUGGUGGAGAGUUGUCAACGUCCACCUAUCCAGAGAAUAUUGAUGAACUGUCUUGCCCACCUCCAGCUACCAAAAAGAAAAGUGGACGCCCUCCUACAAAGAGAAAGAGAUCCGUUGGCGAGUUUGGGGUUCCUGGAUCUAAAUCUCAGUCCCACAAGUGCAGCAGAUGUGGCACAGGAGGGCACAACAAGAUCACAUGCCAGAGGCCUAUAGGAUGAAGUUCUACAUUUUUACAUUUUUAUCGAUUAUUAUUUGGAUGUUUGGCUAUUUUGAUGGUUACAUGAUAUGCACAAGACCAUAUACAUUUUUUCUUUUGGAACCCUAUCCUGAAUAAGUAUGAUUUCUUACAACUUUUGUAAUAUACAACAUUAUCUUUUGAUCUCAUUUCAAUUUUUAGUUUAAA